AUGGGAAUGUCGUGGGCUGAUGCGUUCCGUAGUUCUCCCUCCCUGGCGGGAGUGGUGUACGUAUAUGACGACCUGAGGAGACGCGGUCUGGAGUUCCCCAUGACAGACCUGGAUGCUCUGUCCCCCAUCCACACCCCAAAUAGGAGUAUCCCAGAAAACGGGACUCCUGAGACGACCUCUGUUGCUGCACCCACACAGGCGCAACCACAAGCACCAGCCAGUGUCCCCAUUCAGAAUACUUUACCUCCAGUCCAGCCCAGUGAGGGACCAGCCUCUCUCUCUGCAGAACAGGAACAGAAGCUGCGAAGUGAGCUGGCGCUGGUGAAGGGAAAUCUCACUGUGAUGUCAGAAAUGCUGAAUGAGCUAACCCCUGGACAGAGCCAGCAAGAUGAUACAGAGCUGCUACAGCAGCUGUACUCGGUGUGUAAGAACAUGCAGACUCGAGUGGUGGAGCUCAUCCCCCAGCUGCUGGAUGAAGAGUUUAUUGGAGAGCUGCUUGUGGUCAACGAUGACCUCAACAACGCCUUCAUCCGUUAUGAGAGGUUUGACAGACUGAACAAGGCGCAAAUGACAAAUACUCAACAGAGCUCUACCUCAAGCCAGAGCCUCAUCAACCUCGGCCCUGAGCCUUCCACUAUCAGUCAACCUGCUGUCAUCACAGCAACUAGCCAACCAGCAGUCAGCACCUGGGUCAAUGAGCGGCAUUCACCCAACCACAAAGAGGAAGAGGAGUUUGACAUGUUUGCCCAGACGAGAGGCAGCUCUCUGGCUGAUCAGAGGAAAAG